UGAGCACUAAGAACUGUCACCGAACAGUACAACAAUCAUCAUCUGAUAUCUGGUAACUCAGCCGUGAUUAUUGUUUUUAUUCGAGAACUAUUUUAACUAAAGGAAAGUUUUUGUUAACAUUUUCACAAUAAAAAUUUACUCAUACCGGCAUCGUAGUCACUCAAUCGUCCAUAAUGACUGAUUUGAACACCUUGAUUGAUAUGGGCUUUCCGAAGGACAGAGCCGAGUGGGCCUUAUCAAUGACCAGCAAUAAAGGUGUUGAGGCGGCAAUGGAAUUUUUAUUGUCGCACACUGAUGAGGCUAUUCCGCCAGCGAAUAGCUCCGAAACUUUGGUCCUGAAGCCGACGACAGAUGAAUCCAGCGAAGGAGGCACAUCGGCCGAAGGACUCGUGGCAAAGUCGUUCAAAUGCAACGAGUGCGAUCGAUUGUUCAAAGAUGAAAUGGAGAUCCAGUUCCAUGCAUCCAAAUCGGGUCACAGUGAUUUCGCCGAAUCGACGGAAGAGAAGAAACCGCUGACGGAAGAACAGAAAAAGGAACAGUUGGCAAAGCUGGAGGAAAAAUUGAAACAAAAGCGUCUCGAACGUGAGAAUCGAGAAAAGCAGGACGAUCUAGAACGGGAGAAACAUAGAAUAAAGUCUGGCAAGGAUAUGGCUGAAGCGCGCAGAAAAAUGGAGGAGCAGGAAAUGAUCAAAAUUGUGGAGCAACGAAAACGAGAGAAACAGGAGGAGAAAAUGGCACGUGAACGGGUUAAGGCUCAAAUUGAGUCUGAUAAGGCAGCCCGACGAGCUAAACUAGCUGCCGACAUGGGACAACCGGCACCGCCAAGUCCAGUGGCCGCACCGGCACCAGCACCAACCGCUACUGCAACGCCACCUACGAAAACUGCCGACUAUACUCACACACGCAUUCAAAUCCGUAACCAGGAUGGCAGUACAUUGACUGAAACGUUUGAAGUGAAAGAGUCACUGGCUGCGAUUCGACUUUUCGUCCAGUUAAAGCAAGGAGCAGCGACUCCAUUCAAUUUAAUGACCACAUUUCCACGACGUGUCUUCACCGAAGAAGAUUAUGAUAAGCCGUUGUACCUGUUGGGACUGGUUCCUUCGGCGGUUUUGAUAGUGACGAAGGCGUAGAUGGCAUGUUUGUUUGUAGGUGUGGUUUGAUUAAACUGUAUACUGAUUUCAAUCGUCGAUUUAUGGACAAAAUAAAAUUAAUUUCAAUUAUUUGGUAACGA